AUGCGCUUCUACGCUUUCCUCACUAUCGUCUCUGUCCUAGCCUUAGUCCUCGCAGCUCCUCAUCCUCAAUCUGAUCGCAGGGGAGUACCUGGCCAAAUUUUGCCGGCCUCGCCCCAUGAAAGUCUUGAGAACUACUCGCCGGUCUCACUGUCAACUUCUACUUUUAAUUCCCAUGCUGAAGCUGAUGGGAAGGAGGACGAACUACCCGUUAAAUCUCCUACGAUCCGCGUCCCUUCUGGCGCGCUAAUCUUGAAGGCUACGGCGAUUGGGAAAUCAGCAUUAGGAAGAUCCCAUGACGAACCGGCGGCAUAUGUAGACUAUCCGCUGAGCGAGUACAAAGGAAAAGCAGAUGAUAAUCUUGUUCUUAGAAUCGUCCUUGAGGCCAAUUCGCCAUCCGACGUAGGGUUCAAAAAGUUAGUCGAGGCUGCCAAGGUUGCCGGCCGAUUGGUCGACUCCGGUGCGGCAUUCUUCAGUGGAAAAACCUUGACGAAACUUUCCCGCCCCGUCAUUAUUUUGAGGAAGAGCCAGAAGUCCAAACUCAAACUAUAA